AUGCCCAAUCAUGAGUUUUCUAUGAUUAGACAAGGCCAUCCGAGCAACAAAGACAGCGCGAGUCUCAGGGCCGAAGAGUUCUUUAUUCACCCCGCGCGCCUUUUGAAAAAGAGAAGCUAUGAUCGGGCACUGGAAAGUGCUUAUGAUGGUCGACUCGCACUGGACGAAGUGCAAGGAUCUAGUCGCCGGAUGAGGACUGGCAUGGAGUCUAACAGACAGGAAACAGUUCCCCACACAGAUUUAGCGCUUGAAAACUCUGCGGAUUCGGAAGAAAGUGAGGGAAUGAUGAAGCUUGAGUUUAAAGCUUUGCAGAGAGACCUCAAGGAGUUCAAGAGGGCAACACAAAGGAUGAGCGCCUCCAUCGACCCAUUGUGGGCGAAAAGAGGUCGAGUCGAUAUGAAGAAGCAACUUAAACAGUGGAUCAAAGAUGUUGCAAAACUGCAACAGAUUCUCAAAACCAUACCAACUUCACCAGAUCGAUUAUUCAAGUUAGCAGAUAAGGGAGUAAGUCUCGAGCCAUUUGAAACAGUUGAAAAUCUUGAGCAACGGGAACUUUUGAAAUCUAUAAGACAGAUCGGAAAAGCCUUUUUGACAAGAAUCAAAAGUAUGCCUUACCGAUGCGAUGAGGUGGGCUUCGGUAAGACGUCACAAAGGAGGUCUAAGGUGGACGUUCCUACCGAAGAAGGUGAAAGCAUUUCAGCUCAUACUGAGACAGUACAAUUAAGAGGGGACGUAGUAGACAACAUUAUCAGUUUCUUGACUUGGGGGUGGCUCGCAGAAUUGAACACUAUGCUGCAUGAAAUAAUAAAGAUUGAACCUGCACUAGAAAUCAGUAGGACACACAUUGGGCCCAUCGAAGCCUUGCUUUUCCAACGGAUUAUAUUCAGAACGGUUGAGCUACUCUACGAGCAUGAAUUGAUAAGUCAAGAUCAACUCAUCAGAUUCCUUGCAAUGAAGGACACUCCACGAUUUGCUUCCUUACAGGUGGAUGAAGGUCCCAACUUCUUGCCCCGUCGACCUCAUUGGUAUCAGAACAUUCCCAUUUCCGAAUUUUCGGAUGGCUUUACAAAUGCACUCUCUGAAGCAAAGUUAAUCGCUAGACAGGUCAUCUCAUAG